CAAAAAGGAAAAGCGGGACAGCUGCGGCAAUCUUCAGAAAAGGCUCUCAAGAACUUCAUCAUAUCCUCCAGGGUCUUACAACACAGUUGCAUAUCGUGUUCUCUGCCUGGAGCAGAUUCUUGACUUUUACGUCACUCAUCGCGCUUUCACCUCUGCUCCUCCUUUCACUGUCGCUCCCAGGCUGCUCCUUCCUUAACGGCCUUUGACAACACAAAUUUUCCUCCCCACUAACACUUUUCUUCUCUUUCCACGAUCGCCUCAUCCACAACUCACCGCGAUCUCACCGCGACCUCACCGCUCGUACGCUCUUCUACACUCCGAUCCCGCUCGAUUUUCUCCUUCAUCCAUCAAAAUGGCUGCUGUCGCAGAGAACGCUCCCCUACCGCUCACAGACGAGAACACUCCUCCGCCUGCCGUGACCGCUGAAGAGAAGACCGAGAAGACAAAUGGAGACGCUAUUACCGUUUUCCACGACCCAGAUAACUUCAAUGUGAAGCAUCCGCUGAUGCAUGAAUGGACACUUUGGUUCACCAAGCCUCCUAGUGGCAAGGGCGACAACUGGAACGACCUUCUCAAGGAGGUCGUCACUUUUAACUCUGUUGAGGAAUUCUGGGGCAUCUACAACAACAUCUCUCCGACGUCCGAACUUGGCCUCAAGGCAGACUAUCAUCUCUUCAAAAAGGGCAUCCGGCCCGAGUGGGAAGACCCGCAAAACAAGCACGGUGGCAAGUGGUCAUUCUCCUUCAAGGACAAGCGAUCGGUCCCCAUCGAUGACCUGUGGCUGCACGCACAGCUAGCCGCAAUCGGUGAGACUCUUGAGAACGAUGGUGACCAAGAGGUCAUGGGUGUCGUUGUGAAUGUGCGCAAGGGUUUCUACCGUGUUGGACUCUGGACAAGGACCGUGGGCAAGACCAUCCCCGGCGACAAGAGCGGACGCACACCUGCACAAGGCAAGGAGGUGCUUGAAUCGAUCGGUCGACGCUUCAAGGAAGUCCUCCGCCUCGGACCUAACGAGGUCGUCGAAUUCUCCGGACACACUGACAGCGCCCACAGCGGCAGCACGAGAGCCAAGGCCAAAUUCACUGUCUAAACUCCACGAACAAUGUGGGCUUUUCCUGAUGAUACAUGGGUUGUGAAAUUCUUUCAAGACUUAGGACGAUGGAGCAUUUCCAGUCGCGGUAACGACGAACGAGGUGUUGUGCCGGGGAGGAUGAACCGGAACGCUACCCUCGAGACCUCUUUGCUUCUCCGUUGAUGACUUGCUAGUAGACACCAGCUUUUACCUUUUCAUGCUUUAUUUUUGACGAGUCUAUACCACUUAUAUUGGAGUUUAUUUACGGGGCAAAGACAAGCGGUGGGGAACCACAACGGAAAAGCGACGGUGAAGCAUCAUGAGUUUUACAAUCUACAUUGAUAAUCGCUGUUAUUACUCUCAUGUGUCCACGUAGUUUAUAUCAAGCACUUGCCAUAACACAGAACUUCAACAUUACGCGUGAAGCCCUUGUAUAGGUGGUCUGCGAAUUCGAUGGACUGCUUUCCAAUGACGUAUAUCAUUUGCGGUUUAGGUGCAGCACACCUGGGAUUUCCAGUGAGUCGAAACUGAUUCCGUCGUCG